GCCGCAGGGCGGGGAGCGGGGGGAGCGCUGCGGUUCCAGAACAUCCUGUGCGAGCGUGGGGAGCCAUAAAAGGCUCAGGGAUGGGAUGGGGAACGCCGGGAAUUCGCACGCACGGCCCCGAGGAGGAGCCCAGCUGGGGAAACCCUCCCCGCCCUGAGUGCCCUACAUCUUCCAGCAGCGCCUAAAGCUGGAUUUACGCGGAUUUUUUAUUUUCCCUCCUCUUCCCACGCAGCAAUUCCCAGCCCCGGCUGCUCCCAGCGCCGCUCGCAGCCCGGCGGGGAGUGGGAGGAAAGGGAUGCUCGGAGGAUUUGGGAAAAUCCGGAGCAUUUCCAGCCAUGCUCCACCUGGCGAGGCGGCUCCGGAGCUACUCGGUCUCUUCGUGAGCUGCUGAAGCAGCUCUGGAGCCGCGGGGUUGAUGGAGAGGCGCUGACAGAGCCCCGCUCGCCAUGGAGCUGCCCAGCACCAAGGAGUUCCAGUGGAAAUCCCUGGCGCCGCUGCCCAGCCGCAGGGUUUACUCCACGCUGGGGGGGGGGGGGGGGGGGGGGGGGGGGGGGGGCGGGCAGGUCUUCGCCGUGGGCGGCUGCGACGACAGCGGCGCGCCCGUGGAUUCCUUCGAGGUUUACAGCCCCGAGGCCGAUCAGUGGGCGGCGCUGCCCCCCAUGCCCACGGCCAGGGCCGGCGUGGCCGUCACCGUGCUGGGCAAGCGGAUCAUGGUGAUCGGCGGCGUGGGCGGCCGGCAGCAGCCGCUGAAGGUGGUGGAGAUGUACAACACGGACGAGGGGCGCUGGAGGAAGCGCAGCUCGCUGCGAGAGGCGGCCAUGGGCAUCUCGGUGACGGCCAAAGAUUACAGGGUGUACGCAGCGGGCGGGAUGGGCUCGGACCUGCGGCCCCACAACUUCCUGCAGCACUAUGACGUGCUCAAGGACAUCUGGGUGUCCCUGGCUGCCAUGCCCACCCCCCGCUACGCCGCCACCUCCAUCCUGAGGGGCUCCAAGAUCUACGUGCUGGGGGGGAGGCAAUCCAAGUACGCCGUCAACGCCUUCGAGGUCUUCGACACGGACACGCGCUCCUGGACCAAAUUCCCCAACAUCCCCAACAAAAGAGCCUUCUCCAGCUUCGUGCCCACCGAGGAGAAGCUCUUCAGCCUCGGGGGGCUGCGGCAGGGCCGGCUCUACCGGCAGCCCAAGUUCAUGAGGACGGUGGAUGUGUUCGACCUGGAGCAAGGUGGGUGGAUGAAGAUGGAGCGCUCCUGCUACCUGAAGAAAAGGCGAGCAGACUUCGUGGCCGGCUACCUGCGAGGCAGAGUUGUGGUGGCUGGGGGCCUGGGGAACCAGCCGACUGUGCUGGAGUCGGCAGAGGCUUUCCACCCCGACAAGAACAAGUGGGAGAGCCUCCCCCCCAUGCCCACCCCGCGCUGCGCCUGCUCCAGCAUCGCCCUGAGGGAUUGUCUGCUGGCCGUGGGCGGCGUCAGCCAGGGGCUCAGCACGGCCGUGGAGGCUCUGUGCCUCUCUGAUUCCUGACUGGAACCUUCCUGGAGGAAAACCCCGCCUGGAGCAGGUCCCUGUGCCUCUCUGAUUCCUGACUGGAACCUUCCUGGAGGAGGAUCUCACCUGGAGCAGGUCCCUGUGCCUCUGAUUCCUGACUGGAACCAUCCUGGAACAGGUCCAUGUGCCUCUCUGAUUCCUGACUGGAACCAUCCUGGAGGAGGAUCCCACCUGGAGCAGGUCCCUGUGCCUGGCUGUCCCCAGCAGUGGCACUGGGGACAGCGCUGGCAGCUCCCAGGAGAACAGUCCUGCUGCUGUAGGAGCCUCCAGAACCACAUCCAGGGAUUCUGGUGCCUCCCUGCCUGGCACUCACCCCCAUGAGGAACCCCCACCCUGGCCAGGGGUCCCCUCCCGUCACUGUUGCAUCUCCACGGGGACAGCCAGACACAGGAACUGCUCCCCAAAUCUCCAUGGGGACAGCCAGACACAGGAACUGCUCCCCAAAUCUCCAUGGGGACAGCCAGACACAGGAACUGCUCCCCAAAUCUCCAUGGGGACAGCCAGACACAGGAACUGCUCCCCAAAUCUCCAUGGGGACAGCCAGACACAGGAACUGCUCCCCAAAUCUCCAUGGGGACAGCCAGACACAGGAACUGCUCCCCAAAUCUCCAUGGGGACAGCCAGACACAGGAACUGCUCC